CAAACUCCGGUUCGGCAGAACUGACAGCUCACAGACAGGGGGGCGUCAGUCCUUGUCCCCAUUCGUUUACGAUUCCACCAUUUAUUUAUUUCUCGUCUUCUUCCUGUUUGUUUCUCUCCUCCUCCAAGUCAAAUCGAAUUACGUUAUCUCAGAAGUUAAAGCCACUGAAGACUUCGAGCCUCUGCCUCCGAUACAGAGAAGCUCAGUUCCGCUUACAUCGCUACCUAUUUGCUCGCAAUCUCGCUCGUAAUUCUGUUGCGCGGAGUGUAUUUGAUAUAUUUACGUCACUAUUUAUAUAAAUACUAAUAAUUUAGUCGGUGGAGAUGUCAGGGAAGAAUUACAUAAUAGAGGUGGAGCCGGCGAAGCCAGCGAAGGAUGGAAAACCGUCGAUCGGACCGGUAUACCGUAGUGUGUUUGCUAAGGACGGUUUUCCGCCGCCGAUUGAAGGAUUGGACAGUUGUUGGGAUAUUUUCCGCCUGUCAGUGGAAAAAUAUCCUAAUAAUCGCAUGCUUGGUCGCCGAGAGAUAGUGGAUGGAAAGCCAGGUAAGUAUGUGUGGCAGACUUAUAAAGAAGUAUAUGACUUGGUGGUGAAGGUGGGAAAUUCCAUCCGCAGUUGUGGUAUUGAGGAAGGAGGAAGAUGUGGUAUUUAUGGAGCCAAUUGCGCAGAAUGGAUCAUGAGCAUGGAGGCCUGUAAUGCUCAUGGUCUACAUUGCGUUCCUUUGUACGACACCUUAGGUGCUGGGGCUGUGGAGUUUAUCAUAUGUCAUGCUGAGGUUACCAUUGCCUUUGUUGAAGAAAAAAAAAUUCCUGAGUUACUCAAAACCUUUCCAAAUGCAACAAAAUACUUAAAAACAAUUGUGAGUUUUGGGAAAGUUACCCCUCAACAGAAGGACGAAAUCGAGAAAUUUGGUGUGGUUGUGUAUGCUUGGGAUGAAUUUUUGUUAUUGGGUGAAAAUAAGAACUAUGAUCUUCCAGUGAAACACAAAAGCGACAUCUGUACAAUAAUGUAUACUAGUGGAACAACUGGAGAUCCUAAGGGUGUCAUGAUUUCAAAUAAUAGUAUUGUCACUCUCAUUGCUGGAGUGAAGCGUUUGCUAGUUAGCGUGAAUGAAUCGUUGACUGUAAAUGAUGUCUAUCUGUCUUAUCUUCCUUUGGCACAUAUCUUUGACCGCGUGAUUGAAGAAUGUUUUAUUAAUCAUGGGGCCUCAAUAGGAUUUUGGCGUGGGGAUGUCAAAUUGUUAGUUGAAGACAUUGGGGAGCUAAAGCCAACCAUCUUUUGUGCAGUUCCUCGGGUUCUAGAUAGAAUUCACUCAGGCUUGCAACAGAAGAUAUCGGCAGGAGGUUUCAUAAAACAAACGAUGUUUAAUUUUGCAUAUGCCUACAAGUUGCGUAAUUUGAGGAAGGGGCUUAAGCAUGAUGAGGCUGCUCCUAUCUGUGACAAAAUCGUUUUCAGCAAGGUUAAACAAGGUUUAGGUGGGAAAGUACGGCUUAUUUUAUCUGGAGCAGCUCCCCUUGCUUCACAUGUUGAAGAAUAUCUAAGAGUGGUAUCUUGUGCUCAUGUACUUCAAGGAUAUGGUUUGACUGAAACAUGUGCUGGUACAUUUGUCUCUAUACCACAUGAGAUGAGUAUGCUGGGUACAGUGGGUCCUCCUGUUCCAAACGUGGAUGUCUGCCUGGAAUCUGUUCCUGAAAUGGGAUAUGAUGCCCUCUCAAGGAGUCCACGUGGAGAAGUAUGUGUAAGGGGGGAUACCUUGUUUUCAGGUUACUACAAACGUGAAGAUCUUACAAAAGAAGUCUUUGAAGAUGGAUGGUUCCAUACAGGGGAUGUUGGUGAGUGGCAGCCAAAUGGGAGCCUGAAGAUUAUUGACCGUAAAAAGAAUAUUUUCAAGCUCUCGCAGGGCGAGUAUGUAGCUGUGGAGAAUUUGGAGAAUAUUUAUGGUCUUGUUAGCGCUAUUGACUCGAUCUGGGUCUAUGGAAACAGCUUUGAAUCUUAUCUUGUUGCUGUUGUUAACCCAAAGAAGCAAGCAGUUGAAGAGUGGGCUCAAGAAAACGAAUUAACUGGAGAUUUCAAUUCUUUGUGUGAAAACCCUAAAUUGAAGGAAUACAUUCUUGGAGAGCUCAACAAGAUUGGAAAAGAAAAGAAGCUAAAAGGCUUUGAAUUUAUUAAAGCUGUGCACGUCGAUCCUGAACCAUUUGAUAUGGAACGUGACCUCCUCACACCAACAUUUAAGAAAAAAAGACCCCAAUUGCUCAAAUACUACCAGAAUGUAAUUGACAAUAUGUACAAGAGUGCCAAGUGAGCUUAUGGCAAGAGCAUAUACUUUCACUCUUUCGACGAAAUACGCGUUCCAGUUUGCCGUUUAUUGGUAUAACUUCCAACUCUCCUCCCUCUGUCUAACCUGUUUUGGCUUUGGGAUGUACAUAUUUACAGUGUACCGAACUGAGGAAUUAAUAAUGUACGUGAACUAUAUUUAUAUUAAAUCCUAAUGUUUUAUUUAUUUACCUGGAGAAUUGUGAA